AUGGCCUUAUGUAGUUAUACAUUUAAAGUAAAUUGCUCUAUUCAAAGGCCUUCAAUACCAACCAAAGUUGAGGACUUGAAAGCCUCAAUUUCAUCUGCUUUGAAGCCAUUUUCGAGGGAUUUGGUGCAUUUUCCAGUUGUAGCUGACAUUCCAAAAGUUGUGAAAGAAACUUCUAUCAAACUAUUAGAUGCCUUUGUGGACCUUGUAUUUGAAUUUGUUGAUCAGCCAUUACUUCCAUCUCAGAGUAAUUUUGCACCGGUGGAAGAGAUUGGAGAAUCCGUUCGAGUAAUUACAGUGGAAGGGGAAAUCCCAGAUGAUUUUCCGGAGGGUGUUUACAUAAGAAAUGGUUCAAAUCCUCUGUUUGGAGGUCUCAAAUCGACCAAAUCCAUAUUUGGGAAAUCAAGACACAUAUGGAUUGAAGGGGAAGGAAUGCUUCAUGCUUUGUACUUCACAAGAGAAAAAGGAAGAGGAACUUGGAAUACAUUCUACAAUAACAAGCACACCCAAACGGAAACUUUCAAGAUGGAAAUACAUAGAAAGAAACCUGGAUUUCUUCCUGCUGUUGAAGGGGAUUCUCCUGCCAUUUUAAUGGCUUAUGCCUUGAAUUUGGUAUGA